AGCCAGGCCUUCUAUUCCGUAGGUAGGUGCUGCCCAUGGUGGACUGGUGGUAGUGCCCCUAUAGCCUUCGCAGUGUCUCUUCGACCGUUAGAGCCGAGCGUCGUGCCGUGUGUACGCGCGAGCACGACUCGUGUGUAGUGUGUGCGUCUGUGUUUGUGCUGCUGCUAUACAUGAUUUUAUCUUCGUCAAAUACAGAGGAAAACAAAAAGACGUUGGCUACGUGUGUGCUGUGAGUCUGCCAAUUCGUGUGAGACGUGCAAAGUUUACCCAACGGAUUACAUUGACUUUGUCUACUCUCGAAAUUGCGAUAUCAAGGAUUAAGAAAAAAAGAAGUAUCGGCCCAACGACAUUCCAAGACAGUAUGAAAUAGAAUCGGGGCCAACUGCAGUCUUUGUGAAAAAAAAAAAAACCGUUACCAGGAUAUAUAUUUAUAUAUCUACACUGCGAAACAGACGAAAUCUGUUUCUCAAACACACGAGUUUUAGGAAGACAUUUUGUUUUUGUUUUUUCAGGCGGGAAAUUAAAACGCUUGGGUUUGUUUCUCGUUUGUGUGAAUUUCUCUAAAAGAAGAAGAAAAGUGUCAAGUGGUUAUCUGUGUUUGUGUGUGUGUAGUGUUUUUAAGAAGUUACACCAAUUGGAAUUCCUUUCAUUUGAUUUUGCAACUGGAUGGGACGUCCAAAGUGAACAUGCGGAUAGUACGAGGCGAGCCAUGUAACGCUACCCAUCACGAUAGGGAGGGAGAUAAGGGCGGGCGAGGCCCUUGAAGCCUUGUCGGUCGUCCCACCCGCGAUGCGCCACCCACCGGUGCUCUUACGUCCCGCCGCCCAAACAGCCGCUCCAGCGCCGAUUGCCACAUCAUCUGUCUCUGCUAGCCAAACAACAGUUCCAUCAACAACAGCUAAUGGCAAUAGCAGUAGCUUACAGCAUUUGUAUAGCAAUACCGGCGCUAAUCACCAUCCAUCGCUGCCAUGUUCAUCGACUCUUCAUUCCUCAUAUUCUUCCUCAUCGGCCGGCGGCGGCGGUGGCGUUUCGGCCAAUAGCAACAAUAGCAUUUCAGAUAAUCAUAAUGUUCACGUGGUGGGCCAUCCGUCUGUCAACCCGACGACACCAACACCGGCCACAGGAGGGCCGGCAUCCGCCUUCUCCGGAUCGGCCCCUUCACUCAUUGGACCUCUACUACCGUCGGCCCGACGUUAUGUCGCUGUCCGGCUCCUCACCGGCGAGACGCUCCAAUUCGAUGUCGAGGUGAAAAGCAAAGGAAAGGAGCUCUACGCCGCCGUCGCCCGGCACAUGUCUUCCCUGGGCAUGAAAAGCACCGACAUCUUUGGCCUAGCUAUUCAAAUCGACGGUGAAUACCUGUUUGUGGAUCCUGAAAACAAGCUGGGAAAGUACGCGCCCAAGGGCUGGAAAUCGUCGCACGCUAGCGGUUUGAACAAUGCCGGCCAUCCGCUUUUGGUGCUCUAUUUCCGCGUCAAAUUCUACGUCGACAGCCACCUACUCAUCAGGGAUCGAGUGACCCGGCAGCAUUAUUACUAUCAACUUCGCGAGAAUGUGCUCCGACACGGCCAGCCGGCCACGGAGGAGAGCUUCUUCCGGCUAGCAGCCCUGGCGCUUCAGGCCGAAUUGGGCGACUACGACCCUGAACGCCAUCGGGCCGCUUACUUUGACACGCAACUCUAUUUCCCCCAAUGGAUCCUGGAACGAGUGGGAGUGGAUUAUGUGGUGCAAAAUAUGCCUGCCAUGCAUCGAGAUCACCGUUGUUUGUCGACCGGUUCGGCUCAGCUCCUUUACAUUAAGGAGGCAUCCAGCGGUCACACCCAUUACGGUUUGCAUCUUUACCGGUUGCGAAGUUCCAAGAAAUCGGACGAUCAACAACAACUUCAGUUGCAACAGCAGCAACAUCAUGCCCAUACUAGCAGUGGCAGUAGUCAUAAUAAUUCCCACCGAUUGCGCAGCAGUGCCGAACGCACCGGAUGCGAUAGCCGCUUGUCCGCUGCCACGCUCGAUCGACCCAACAAAACUCACAAGUUGGACUCGAAAAUCGAAGCCGUUCUUGGUAUGUCCGCCGAUGAGUCCUCUAAUGGACGAACGACAUUGGAACGCACCACGUCUCAGCCGUGUUCGACCAACGAGAACCAAACUGUCCAGCAGCUCCACGAACAGCAGCAACCGCAUACCGGAACUGUUUGGCUGGGCAUUUGCGGCCGAGGCAUCGACAUCUACGAGGAGGAGGACAGCUUCACGAAAACGGUUCGUGCUACCUUCCAGUGGCCCAACAUCGGCAAACUCUGUUUCGAGAGGAAAAAGUUUGAAAUCCGAGCUGUUGGGUGUCCCGAGAGCCGCAAGUUCACUUACUACACGAGUAGCGACGACAAGUCGAAACACUUGCUCUACCUGUGCAGAGUGACGCAUCAGUUCAGCAUGGCCAUGCAGCCCAAAUUGGCCGAACUUCGGAAACUCGAAGAAGAAGCCAAUCGGCAUUACCAAGAAUCCAUGGGCGAAGGGACGGCCGUUGAACUAGGCGGAUGGUGUGAUGGAGGGAGUAGUCUGGAGAGACCAGACAGGCUGAGCUUACGUGGCUACGGCUCUUUGUCCAAAGGCCGUGGCGGAGGCAGCCAAGCUCACGGCGAUCAGCGCAUCUCCGUCAUCAGCAGCACGUCAUCCAAUACCACGUCGGGCAUCGUGUCAGACAAGGUCCAGAGCGUCGAUGAAAGCGAAGACGAACUGGACUUGGACGAACGAGCUCGACCCUCGCCCGCUGCAGCCCCGUCGCUCGAAUCUCUGGCCUUGGCCCACCUUCGCGAUUCGUGCGACUCCUUACCUGCCGAAUUGGAACGUCGCAACGAGUCCGAAUCGGCCAUGCAACUGAGACCUGCAGCUCAAAAUUUAACGUCCGGCCAGCAAAGUGGAAGUAGCAACAGCAGCACGACCUUACCACGACGCUUAGCUGGAUUAGGCGCCCGUUUAGCCCGAGUCGGACGAUCGAGCAACAAGACGACAACAUCGACGGCUGCGACAUCCAGCGCCACCACUACGCUGCGGACGUCCAGCGAAAUGUCUCGAACAGGAAGCCUGCACAGCUCCUCGUCCCAGCACAGCGCAUCCACCAUCCACUCGAGAUCGCGUUCCAAACCUCGCGUUUCCUCGUCAACGACGAACGGCUGGCCUGGAUGCGAUCUGAAUCCAUCUUCCGACAGGGUGGCAAACGAUAGUCCGGCGUCUUCUUGGCUGAGGUUGAACAGCGUCGACGUAACGGACGGCAUCGCUUCGAUGCGGCUCCAAGCGUCCGCCGAAGAGAAUCAAAGACGUUCGGAUAUGGUUGGAUCCAGCAAUAAUAGCGGAGCGACGGGCGAUCAAGCCCAAAAUUCCGGCAUGGAGGAGGAAAACCAGUAUUGGUAUUCUUGCGACGAUGACGUCAGUGAAACGGGUUCGACCAACGGCGAGAAAUGCCCAGCCGGCGUCCUCUGCACCGACUGUCGAAUGGGAAUCGUCUGCUGUAGUGGCUCCCAAUCUCAACAACACCACCGCCACCGGCACGAGGAUCUUCCCGAUCAUCAUCACCACCACCAUCCGCAUCAUCAUCAUCACCUACACCACGCCAAAGGCCCUUCGGAGAGCAGCAGCCUCUGCGUCAGUGUUGAUCACACGGCGCAGGACUCGACGCUCUCCGACUGCCAGAGCUAUUUCCACAGUCACGUCAGCAGCGUCGAUUCGUCGCUGGGUUCGGCUCCACCCCAUCCGCUCAUUCCUCCUCCCGAAAUGGCCAACACUCCAUUAGCCGCUACCGUUUCGGCAUUGAGCAACGGCGGAUCGUUGCGAUCGUUACGUAGCGCUAAAGUGAGCGUGGCUUCCACGUCGGACGAUUGCGGUCCAGCUGUGGAUUAUUCCGUUCAAAGUGGUCCAGCGGGUGAUACGUCAUCGUCUGCUUCCACGUCGUCGGCAGCCGCCGCAGCUGCCAUGUGCGCCAGCCCCAAACUGGACUUUACCGUCACCAGCGCCGUGCCCAACACUGGAACUUAUCCCCGACGCAGUACCGUCAGCAACACCCUGGAUUCGGACAGUGAUUACGUCACUCUGCCGCCGCUUUGCCCGCGGAUGCAGGAUAAUAACGCAGUCAUGGGUGCGAGCAGUUACGUCUUCAUGGAACCCAUGCAGCCCAAAAAUGGCGGCCAGGUCACAGUGGCCUGCGUCAAUCAGCUGUCCCUGCGACAUGCCAUCAGUUGUAAAAUGGUGGACGAUGCGGCCUCGACGACCUACUCGGCCAGCUCUUGUUCCAGUUCUCAAUUAAUGGGUUUGACCAGGCCCGUCUCGGCUGCGGCUUCUGCGGCCGCAGCGGCCGAAGCCGCUGCCCGUUUCAUUACCACCCGGCCUACAAUCAGCAUCCUCCAAGCGCACGCCGCUUCGGCCGCUCCGGCAACUCCUCCGAGUUUCGCCACUCCGGCUCAACAUCUCAUCCCUCCACCACCUUACGAUAUCCGGCAGCAUCCUCUGUACAACCAACAGCAGCAGCAACAACAACAGCAACAGAGUUACCAUCCAGCUCAAAUCCAGGCGCAGUUCCAAUCGAUGGAUCCUUCGUCUUCAUCGGCAGGAUUGACGUGCUGUCAGUACGUUCCUCCACCGGCCGGCUAUUCGUCGUGUCAGCAGACGGACGCUUUCGAACCACCUCCACCUCCUCCGCCUUACCCGAUUCAUCUACAGGGUCAAGUGCAAGCUCCUUUGACGACGGCCAAUUUGGGCCUCCAUUUGAGCCAGCAGUCCGUCUCUUCUCUGGUCUCGAAGCACAGUUUGAAUAGCAUGGCCAGCAGCGCCAGAUCACUGGAAGCAGUUUCGGACUCGCACCGGAUAGCACCGCAGUCCAACAGCCACGCAGUCUACGCCGAAGAUGUUGCCAGUCUCAACGAUACCAAGACGAACGGAAGCAGUAGCUUGUACGGAGUCAUAACGACAGACGCAGAUGUGGCAGCUGCAGUAGCUUCCAACAACGGCGGACAGGUGGCACCAGUGAUUGGUAAAAACAAUUACCUGGACCUCCACGCUACCAAUACGCUGUCCAGACGGCCUCAGCAUCCCAUUCCAACUAACGCUCAGCAACAACAAACUGCGACGACUCAAACUGUCCAGCAAGUGAAUGGAACUGUGGCCGGAGGAGCUUCGGUACCGUACGAGCAAUACCACCUAGGCAUUCCGCCCCCUCCGCAAUAUCCGGGCAAUGGCGGUGGUGGCAGUGGUGUCAACAGUAGCAAGCCGAGUUUUGCUACGGUGUACACGAACCAGGUGACGCAGAGCCAGAUCGAGCAGUUCAAGGCACAACUCUAUUCGGAUGUCGACUACGUCAUUUAUCCGCACAAGGAUCCAUCUCUUAGCCAACAAGAGUACCUGGACACGAAAGAAGCCGCUUCUUUCAUCUCCUCGGCCGCUAGCAGCACCUACAGCGACCAAGGCCAGCUGAUGUUGAUGGGCGACGGAGCUUACCUGCCUCCGCCGCCUCCCUAUCGCGCUCCUUCCACCAAAUCCGGCACCUCCUCCGUGUAUCGUUCGUCUCCUUCACCCAAUGUCCACCUUCCACCGGUGUCCAGCACGGGCGGGAUAGUAUUGAGCGGAACGACUCCGGCCAGCCACCCGCCUCUCCAGCAUUUGGGAUAUGGGUACAAUUCUCAUCACCCAGGAGGAGCUGGAGCCAGACCGGCUUCCAUCCAUUAUGCGUCCAAUCAGAGUCUGUCGAGUGGGAACUAUUCCAGUUCGUAUUCGACGUCCAACUACUCGUCCAACUAUUCGGCCCAAGUCCCGAUGGCUUAUGUUCCUUACCCGAGCAAGUACUUGUCAUGCCAGUCGCUGGCCAGCAGCCACUCAUCUAACCCUAGCGCUGCGUACUCGGCUAGCGGCUGCUACUCGGCCUCAUCUUCGCACAGUCUGACGGGCAGUUACGAGCCGAUUGGAGCGGCUAUCCAGCACGCCGGAGCGGCUCUCAGAUGCAAACCGAUGGCUCCGCCACCUGUCCUCUCUCGGGUCCAUUCAGAGGAGAACAUUCUGACUUACGAUCUCCCCGAAGUGACAACUCUCAGCUCGGCGAUUGCCCGUCACCAGGAAGCCAGAGGCCUGUUGCCACCUCCUCCACCCUAUCGCAAGCAAAGUCUCGACACACCUUCAACUCCGGGAUCGACGUGUUCGUCCAGCGCUCCGUCUAUAGCUCCUGAAGGAUCGAGUAGCGCAUCGGAUGGGGGACGAUUGCCUGGACAAAAGACUCCGCUGGACAUUAAGACGUUGAGAGAGAAGAGCCGCAAUUUGGAUCUGCCUUUGAUUUCCGCAUUAUGCAACGAUACGACGCUCUUGAAUCAGGCCAAACGGAAACCGAGUUUGGGACAACAACAGAUCCAGCAGCAACAACAACAACUGCAGCAACAACAACAACAACAACAACAACAGACUCAACAAUUGCAACAGCAUCAACAACAGUCCGUUUCUAAUAUUCAGAGUAUGCCUCUACCUCCGACACCGAUCGAAGCUGCCCAGGGUAAAACGACGGGCCAACCGCCUCCCAAACCGGGCGGACAGGUGAACGGACAGCAUGCCUACGUGAUGCCUCGUCAUCCUGCAUCGUUGUCCAUGAGUCAGGCGGAAUCUUCCACUUGUCGAAGGCCGGCACUUACCACCCCCCGGCGCAAUCCGGUCACUGCGGUCCAGCAAGCGUCUCAGUCCCGACCGACCUCGUGGCAUAUCGACGGUAACAACUGGAACGCCGGACAAGGUGAUCCUGCCCUCAACGGAGAAAAGAGCAGCGCUCCUCCACCACCACUCCCUCCCCCGAAUUCCAAUAGUGCCAUCGAGGCAAAGUUGCAACAGUUGCAGAAGGCAGCGGUGGCCAUCGCUACCGGCCCGGGUUCCAUCAUCGCCGAAGAUGGCAAAAUCGCUAAAGCUUUGAAUCUUCCAGCUUUCGCCAAGUCAGUCAAGAACUCUUAUGUCGUCUCGCCCAGUCGGAAGCAUCCAGUUUCCGGACUGUAUGCCGUUACGGAGUUGGGCAAACCGCCGUCUGGUUCCCGCAAAAUAACCCCAACUGCAUUUUCACAUCCGCAUAAUAACGCGGGUUCCAAAGUGACGCAACACACGCCCAAUCCAUCAUCGUUGUCCAAUGGCAAAACAUCGUUCAGUGUUGUCCCUUAAAUAUU